AUGUCUGACAAGGAGGGUAGUGACGAGCGCUCGCCCACCGAGAAAGACACCGCCGCCAAAAAGACCACGGACGACAACAGCGACCGCGACGAAGACGCGCAGGCGCCUUCAGCUUCGAAGUCGUGCAGCUCUGCGUCUACGACGAAGGCCGGUGACGAUGCGCCUCCUCCGGCAGAGAGCACAGCUCCCACUUCUUCCGAGGCGUCUUCGAGCCGCGUCGAGCCGCCGGCAAGUUCCAAGUCGACCAAGAGCCGCGCGAAGUCACCCCUAAAGCAACUCGGGUCCAGCCUGCUCUCCCUCUUCGGCAAGGGUGGUUCCCCCAAGGACCCGUCGGCGUCGCCUCGGAAGUCCCAGUCCCAGCCGGGCUCAUCCGGUAGCAAACUCUUCAGGCCCCAGUCGCCCGAAGGUCAGCAGACUUACGCGAUGGAAGAACUGGAGCGCAUCGCCGAGUACUACAGGAAAAACUCCUUCUUGAACAGGGGAGUCGGCAAAACCGAGCACGUUCCGUUUGGACCGGAAGUAGCUGGGACCCUACCGGCGACCACGCCGCCCGAAACUUCGGAGCCGAUGGACUCGACGGCGCCAUCGUCUAUAGAUGUGGCCUCUACAGUUGAGCAGUACCCAAAUUUGGCUUCUAUAGCGAUGUCUCAAUCCAAGGCGUCCUCUACGGAGGUGACGUACCCCAAUUUGGCUUCUAUAGCGAAGUCGCAAUCCGAGGCGGCGUCCUCUGCGGCGAAGCCCAAGCUCUCCAAGGCGGUGCUCGCUUCGUCGACUUCGUCGUCCUCCUCUGGGUCGGUGUCGUACUCCACGUUGUGGUCCUCUUCGACGCAGUCCCUGACGACGUCCUCUUCGUUCACAUCGCACUCCAAGAUGGCGUCGCGCUCUACGGUGUCGUCUUGUUUGCCUCCAUCUCCGGAGGACGGUGUUCAUCUUUCCACUUCGGGCCCGCAGUCGACCAUCGUUCGCGAUGACAGUUCCUCGAGACACUCGCCAGACCUUCCCGAGAUGUCAGAGUUGCAGACACCGCCUGUGCGGCAACAGUCGCCACCUCCGCCAACAAAUGAGACGGAAGAAGAACGCUUGAAGAGAAUGAGAAGCAGGGGUGAGCCCCGAAAAUGA